GUACUGCCCGCCCUGACGCGGCUGUGAGCGCGGUUCCCCAGGCGACCGUGGUCAGCCAGCGACCCACCAUGGAGCGUAGGGUGGUGAAGCCACCGGGGCAGGACAUGAUAGUGGAGCGUCUCAAAAGCCUCUACGGCCUGGCGGGAAGCUGCUCCGUGGAGCAAGAGUUUUCAAAUUUUGAUCAGACUAAAUAUAAAAGAAGAAUUCUAACCUCCCCAGAAGAUUUGGAUACCUACUGCUCUGGAGAUAGAGGUGUUUCUUCAUUAAGAUGUUACUCUGAUGAAAGGAAGCAUCCCACAACACCUUUUUGCAGUUCCUUCAAACACUUAAAUGUGAACUGCCUAGAUGAUGAACUGGAUUCUUUUCAUAAUUUAAAGAAAUGGGAAACAGAAAAAGAAUUAACUGAAGAUGAUCAUAGAGAUAGCGCCUCCAAAAUAACAAAGCAGUCCUUCAGAGAAAUAGAAAAAGAUGCCCUGCCGACUAACAUAGCCUCAUCAAGACUCCAUACUGAACACCACAGUGAUUCCGUUGACUCUCCUCUGAAACAUGUCAUUUAUCCAAAAUCCAAAGUGUCAAAUAAGCAGAGUUUACUUCCACAUCAAAUAAAUCAAAUAUAUGAUGAAUUAUUUCACAUCCAUCUGAAACUGCAGUGUGAAACUGCAUCACAACAGAAAUUUGCCGAAGAACUUCAACAACGAGAAUGGUUUUUAGCAGAACGGGAACAGCUGCUCUUCAGACACGAGACUGCCUUGAGCAAAAUUAAAGGUGUUGAAGAAGAGGUUCUGACAAGAUUUCAGAUUUUAAAAGAGGAUCCCAUGUGGUUUGGACCUGUGCAGGCCCUAGACAUGCUACCACACUCUCAACACAACACAGAAGUUGGACACUUAACAGAAGUUCUUAAGGAAAAGAAUAAAGAGAGCAAGAGAAUGAGGUCCUCAUUUGAUGCCCUGAGAGAGCUGAAUGAUAACUUAAGAAAACAGCUACAUGAAGUAAGUGAAGAAAACAGGAAGAUGGAGAUUCAGGCAAAAAGAGUUCAAGCUCGUUUAGAUAACCUACAGAGAAAGUACGAGUUUAUGACAAUACAGAGGCUGAAAGAAGAUUCCCAUGCUACUCACGAAAUGAAAAGUUUAAAACAAGAGAAAGCACCAGUUUCAAAACCUGUCAAGACGGCACUCAGUGGACAAGUGUAUGAACUGUUAAUUGUUUUCAUGGACUGGAUAUCAGACCACCAUCUUAACAAAGUGGAGCCUGAAGAACCUGGUGUGGACGGUGAAAAACCAUCAUUCAAACCUUUCCAGAAAAGUGACAUUCAAGAGAAGUGUGUAAAGCUUUUGCCUUUGAUGACAGAGCAGCUCCAGUGGAUGCCAUUGGUGAACCCCAAAAUCCAUGAGCCAUUUCUAAAGUUUAUAUAUUGGUCUCUAAGGCAGCUGCAUCCUGGAACACAGCUGACUACCUAGCUCAAGCGUUUGAUUCCCUUUGUUUGGACUUGAAGACAGAUGAAGGAAAAACCUUAUUUUUGGAGUACCAAGCUGUUCCAGUAAUACUAAAACACCUGAGGAUAUCCAGUAAAGGGCUCUUAUCCAACGCCAUCGAUAGUCUGCUUCAGAUGACAGUGGAAUCAAAGUCCUUGCAGCCUUUCCUGGAAGCCUGUAGCAACUCUUUAUUUUUCCGUACUUGUUCUGUGCUGCUCCGAACCCCUAAGCUUGAUCUUCACAUCCUAGAAAAGCUCAGUAUUAUCCUACAGAAGCUUUCAAAAAUCAAGAGUAAUAAGAAGCUCUUUGAAGUUUUUACCAUUCACCUGAUGCUUCAGGAAAUACAAAGAACAACACAUCCAGAGCACGCCUUUCUCUGUAUUAACCUAAAUUCAACUCUGUUCAAUCUGGGUUUGACAAAAUGUAACUCCCUGACCUCCAGUACAAGCCAUUAGAAAAGUGAGUGUGUGUGUGUGUGUGUGUGUGUGUGUGUGUGUGUGUGUGUGUGUGUAUGGUUUGUGUAUGUAUAUAUGUUCCUUAUCUGUAAACGUGUAAAAAUCACCAAACAAGAUUCUACAGAGUAAAGCUACCAAUAGCGUCAUUUAUCAUGAAUGAUAUCAAGAAAGAUUUUUCAGCUAUGUAAAUGAGACCCAUGGAAGGUAUGUGUGCUUUUAGAAUGUCUCAGUUUAAGGUAAUACUAAUGUACAAGGUGGUGUUUCCAGAAUUUAAGGCAUUAAGGGUUACUUUUUAUAAAAUAUCUUAGGAAAAAUCUUUCUUGAAAUUAUAUGAUUAUUUGGAAUAUCAUCUGUUCUUAUGUGGAAAUAAACUUAUCAUUUUCCCCCUUAAUAUAGUAGAAUCACUUCUUUUGGUAGCUGACCUCAGACUUAUAGACAGCCUCCUGCCUCUGCCUUCCAAGUACUGUAAUUAAAGGUAUGUGUGACCACACGAA